AUGGCAGCCACGCUGUUACCAACGGGUCCUGAUGGCUUGCGCCGGUUCACUCGCGAAUCCCUGGCCGCCAUCGAGCAGCGGAUUGCCGAGGAGCAGGCCAAGAACGCCAAGGAUUACCAGGAGGAUCUGGGCAACGUGGAGCUGCCCAUGCCCAGGCCCGACCUGGAGGCUGGCAAACAACUUCCACGUAUCUUUGGUGACAUUCCCCCAGGACUGGUUGGGGUACCUCUGGAUGACAUCGAUCCCUUCUACUUCAAGAAUCAGAGGACUUUUAUAGUAGUUAAUAAAGGGACGGCCAUCUUCCGGUUCAGUGCCACGUCUGCUCUCUAUAUAUUUACCCCUUUCACCUUCCUCAGAAGAAUCUCCAUCAAAGUCCUGGUCCAUUCAUAUCCUUUACAACGCUUGUUCAUUAUGUGUACUAUUCUGACCAACUGUUGCUUCAUGGCUAUGUCAGACCCUGCCCCUUGGACCAAGUACCUGGAGUACACGUUCACCGGUAUCUACACCUUUGAGUCCAUGAUAAAGAUAUUUGCGAGAGGAUUCUGUGUCGGACCGUUCACCUUCCUGAGAGACCCAUGGAACUGGCUGGAUUUUAGUGUAAUCUCCAUGGCAUAUCUCACGGAGUUUGUGGACCUGGGAAACGUGUCUGCGUUGAGAACAUUCCGGGUCCUCCGAGCGCUGAAAACCAUCUCUGUCAUUCCAGGCCUAAAGACCAUCGUAGGUGCUCUGAUCCAGUCAGUGAAGAAGCUUGCGGAUGUGAUGAUCCUGACCGUGUUCUGCCUGAGCGUGUUCGCCCUCAUCGGCCUGCAGCUCUUCAUGGGCAUCCUGCGUCAGAAGUGCGUCCGUAGCGCGGCACACUGCGUCAACUCCUCAUACAACGUCAACGACACCUUCACCUGCAACAACCGGACCUGGAAUUCCAUGAACGACUUCGUCACCAAUGAAGAUAAUUUCUACAAAGUCGAAGGAGCAAAGGAUGCCUUAAUUUGUGGAUAUGGACAAGAUGCAGGGAAGUGUCCUGAGGGAUUUGACUGUCUGAGAAUAGGAAGGAACCCUAACUAUGGUUAUACCAGCUUUGACAGCUUUGGCUGGGCUUUCCUGGCGCUGUUCCGGCUGAUGACCCAAGACUACUGGGAGAACCUCUAUCAUCAGACUCUGCGUUCAGCAGGGAAAACCUACAUGGUGUUCUUUGUGCUGGUGAUCUUCCUGGGUUCCUUCUACCUGGUCAACCUGAUCCUGGCUGUGGUGGCCAUGGCCUACGAGGAACAGAACCAGGCCACCAUCCAGGAGGCCUGGAUGAAGGAGAGAGAGUUCCAGCUGGCCAUGGAACAUGUACGCAGAGAACAGAGGAUGGCAGAAAGAAGAAUCCAGCAGGAGACAGACUCGGUCGUGUCUCCAGAGCUGUCACCGUUUCAACUAAAAGCGGGCAGUAGUUUGAAACGGACGGCCAGUAGAAGAUCUCACAGGAUGCUGUCCGAGGAUCCAGAGGACGAAGCAGAUGGGAAGUUUGAGCCACUGGAUGAGCGGGUGUCCCCCCUGCCUCCCACGUCUCCCAUGCCCGUCCACCCUCUCCUUGCUGCCAUGUCGUCCCACCCUCUCAGCACCCGCCGUGGCAGCCAGGCCAGUAUCUUCUCCUUCAGACCCUGUGCCACCUCCGAUGCCGACUUCGGGGAUGACGAGUACAGUGUUCAUGGGGACGUCAUGGGGAGGAGCAGGGCAGGCUCCACCAUCGGCCCCAACUGGCAACACAAGCACAAAAGGACAGGCAGCGUGAGGAGCCAUUGCUCCCAGGUCUUCACCCCCAGUCUCAACAUCAACGGACGUCUCAACAUCUCCCUGGACCAGAACGGCGUCACCACGGUCGGCCUGCACACCCCCACCUCCCUACCCGCCUGCAGCAUGGAGAAGGUCAAAGAAGAUAAAGAGCCCACCUGUAUAGACGAGUCCAGUGCCAAGCCGGCCCAGCUCUCCCCCGAGGCUGCAGAGCCUCCCCUCCGUAGGAAACGCGGUCUGAGCUCCAUUAGCUUCCUCAGCGAUGCCAUGGAUGAGCUGGAGGAGUCUCGUCAGAAGUGCCCCCCCUGCUGGUACACUUUUGCCAAGGCGUACCUGAUCUGGGACAGGUGCCCAUGGUGGCUGAAGGUAAAGGAGUAUGUGAAGAUGAUUGUGAUGGAUCCCUUCCUAGACCUGGCAAUAACCAUCUGUAUCGUCCUCAACACCCUCUUCAUGGCCCUGGAACACUACCCCAUGACCGACGAGUUCAACAAUGUGCUCUCUGUUGGCAACCUGGUGUUCACGGUGAUCUUCACAGCGGAGAUGGUGUUCAAGCUGAUAGCCAUGGAUCCGUACUACUAUUUCCAGCAGGGCUGGAACAUGUUUGAUGGCAUCAUCGUCUGCCUCAGCCUCAUGGAGCUGGGCCUGUCCAACGUAGAGGGACUGUCUGUCCUGCGCUCCUUCAGACUGUUGCGAGUGUUCAAGCUAGCGAAGUCAUGGCCCACCCUGAACACACUGAUCAAGAUCAUCGGUAACUCCGUGGGCGCUCUGGGAAACCUGACCCUGGUGCUGGCCAUUAUCGUCUUCAUCUUCGCCGUGGUGGGCAUGCAACUGUUCGGCAAGAACUACCAAGACUGCGUGUGUAAGAUCUCUAAGGAUUGUAUGUUACCUCGUUGGCACAUGAAGGACUUCUUCCACUCGUUCCUCAUCGUGUUCCGGGUGCUGUGUGGCGAGUGGAUCGAGACCAUGUGGGAUUGUAUGGAGGUGGCCGGGCAGCCUCUCUGCAUCCUGGUCUUCAUGCUGGUGAUGGUCAUAGGAAACCUGGUGGUGCUGAACCUGUUCUUGGCCCUGCUGCUCAGCUCGUUCAGCUCAGACAACCUGUCAGCUCCCGACGAGGACGGAGAGAUGAACAACAUCCAGAUCGCCGUCGCCCGCAUCCACACGGGGUUCGCCUGGCUGACGAGGAACGUCUCCGACCUAUUCAACGGAAACCUGAAGAAGAGACGUCUCAUGACUAAAGACGUUCAGAUUUCUGUGAACCUGACACCCGUAGCCAAUCACGUGGAGAGUAACGGUGGGGUGGGGGUUGGGGUGGUGGGGGCGAUCGGACGCUACGGAGAGAAGGUCCCGGACGACGACAGCUACAUGACCAACCCCAACCUGACCAUCAGCGUGCCCAUCGCUCCAGGGGAGUCGGACGUGGAGUUCCCUGAGGAAGGAGAGGUGGAGGAGGAGACAGAGUCGUCAGAGGACGAGGACAACAAAGCGGAAAAAGUGAGCCUAUCAGAAGGCAGCACGGUGGACUUGCGGAAGCCAGGGGAGGAAGAGGAUGACUUCUCUGAGACGGCUGACGAUGUCAUGGAGCCAGAUGAAUGUUUCCCUGAAUUCUGUGUUCGCCACUGUAAGUGCUGUGAGAUCAACACGACUCGGGGCCUGGGUCAGGCCUGGUGGAGACUGAGGAAGACCUGUUACCAGAUUGUUGAACACAGCUGGUUCGAGACUUUUAUUAUCUUCAUGAUCCUGCUGAGCAGUGGUGCUCUGGCAUUUGAGGACAUCUACAUUGAGAAAAGGAAAGUAGUGAAGGUUAUCUUGGAGUACGCUGAUAAGGUCUUCUCCUACAUAUUCGUCCUAGAGAUGUUCCUCAAAUGGAUUGCCUACGGCUUCAAGAAGUACUUCACCAACGCUUGGUGUUGGCUGGACUUCCUCAUUGUCGAUGUGUCGUUGGUGAGCCUGGUAGCUAACUCUCUGGGCUACUCUGACUUUGCUGCCAUCAAAUCACUGAGGACCCUCCGAGCGCUGAGGCCCCUAAGGGCCCUGUCCAGAUUCGAGGGCAUGCGGGUGGUGGUGAACGCACUGAUUGGAGCCAUCCCAUCCAUCAUGAACGUCCUGCUGGUCUGCCUCAUCUUCUGGCUCAUCUUCAGCAUCAUGGGAGUCAACCUGUUCGCAGGGAAGUUUGGUAAAUGUGUGAACCGGACAGGGUUCAUCCACAAUGCCUCCAUCGUCAACAACAAGUCAGAGUGCCUGGCCAUGAACGACACUCAGUUUUAUUGGACUAAAGUCAAGGUCAACUUCGACAACGUGGGACUAGGAUACCUCUCACUGCUGCAAGUGGCCACGUUUAAAGGAUGGAUGGAAGUUAUGCAUGCAGCUGUUGAUUCACGUGGCGUAGAGGAGCAGCCAAUCAGGGAGAUCAACCUCUACAUGUACCUCUAUUUUGUCAUCUUCAUCAUCUUCGGAUCCUUCUUCACUCUCAACCUCUUCAUCGGAGUCAUCAUUGAUAAUUUCAACCAGCAAAAAAGAAAGAUAAGUGGACAAGACAUUUUCAUGACUGACGAGCAGAGGAAGUACUACAACGCUAUGAAGAAAAUAGGCUCUAAAAAGCCCGAAAAGCCUAUACCAAGACCUACGAAUAUACUCCAAGGCUUCUUAUUUGACCUGGUAUCCAAGCAAGCCUUUGACAUCAUCAUUAUGAUGCUAAUCAUCGUCAACAUGGUGACCAUGAUGGUGGAGACAGACGAUCAGUCCGCACGCAUGGAGUCCAUUCUCAACAAGAUCAACCUGAUUUUCAUUGUCAUCUUCACCACCGAAUGCCUCAUGAAGAUCGUGGCACUUCGCUGCUAUUUCUUCACCGUGGGAUGGAACAUCUUUGACUUUGUGGUUAUCAUUCUCUCCAUCGUGGGUAUCGUUCUGGCUGACAUCAUCGAGAAGUACUUUGUGUCUCCGACUCUGUUCCGUGUCAUCAGACUGGCAAGGAUAGGACGCGUCCUUCGACUGAUACGUGGAGCCAAAGGAAUAAGGACUUUACUGUUUGCCUUAAUGAUGUCCAUGCCAGCGUUGUUCAACAUCGGCCUGCUGCUCUUCCUCGUAAUGUUCAUAUACGCUAUCUUCGGAAUGGCCAACUUCGCUUACGUGAAAAAAAAGGAAGGGAUAGAUGACAUGUUCAACUUCGAGACCUUUGGGAAUAGUAUGAUCUGCCUGUUUCAGAUCAGCACGUCCGCCGGGUGGGACAACGUCCUGGAGCCCAUCAUGUCUAACUCCCCAGAGGAGUGUGAAGCCUACGUCGUCAACACCGGCACCAACGUCCGGGGAAACUGUGGCAACCCGUCUGUGGCAAUCGCCUUCUGUGUCAGCUACAUCAUCAUAUCGUUCCUCAUCGUGGUCAACAUGUACAUCGCCAUCAUCCUGGAGAACUUCAGCGUGGCCACCGAGGAGAGCACCGAGCCGCUGAGCGAGGACGACUUCGAGAUGUUCUAUGAGGUUUGGGAGAAGUUCGACGCAGAGGCCACCCAGUUCAUUGAGUUCUCCAAGCUGUCGAAUUUCGCAGACAACCUGUCGGAGCCGCUGCGCAUCGCCAAGCCUAACAAGAUCAAGCUGAUCUCUAUGGACCUGCCGAUGGUGAGCGGGGACAAGAUCCACUGCCUGGACAUCCUGUUCGCCUUCACCAAACGCGUGCUGGGCGAGUCGGGCGAGAUGGACGCCCUCAAGCAGCAGAUGGAGGAGAAGUUCAUGAUGGCCAACCCGUCCAAGAUCUCCCACGAACCAAUCACAACGACCCUACGCCGCAAGCAGGAAGACGUGUCUGCCAUCAUCAUCCAGCGCUGUUACAGACGCCACCUGGUGAAACGGCAGAUGAAGCAGGCCUCAUUCCUUUACAGACAGAUGAACCUUCAGACCAACCUGAACUUGCAGGAGCACAUAGUGGUGGACAUAGAGAGGGCCCCGGAGACGGAGGGCCUCAUCGCCGCCAUGAUAAAGGAACACUACGGCCCCGAGGGGCCCGACGAGGAGGAGGAGGAGCUGGUAGAGGUCAUGGGGGUCAUGGAAGGGACUCUGUCCUCCUCACCGCCAUCUUACGACAGUGUGACCCGGCCGGGGGUGGCUAGUGACGUUGGUCAGAUAGAACGGCUAGAAAGGCCGAGAGACUUAGUUGUUACCAGUAUCACCUGUUACCAGUGUUACCAGUGUUACCAGUAUCACCAGUGUUACCAGUGUCACCAGUGUCACCAGUGUUACCAGUAUCACCAGUAUUACCAGUAUUACCAGUGUUACCAGUAUUACCAGUGUUACCAGUGUUACCAGUAUUACCAGUGUUACCAGUGUUAUCAGUGUCACCAGUGUCACCAGUGUUACCAGUGUUACCAGUAUUACCAGUAUUACCAAUAUUACCAGUGUUACCAGUAUUACCACUGUUACCAGUGUUACAAGUGUUACCAGUGUUACCAGUAUUACCAGUGUUACCAGUAUUACCAGUGUUACCAGUAUUACCAGUGUUACCAGUUGUUACAGUAUCACCAGUGUUACCAGUAUUACCAGUGUCACCAGUGUCACCAGUGUUACCAGUGUUACCAGUAUUACCAGUAUUACCAAUAUUACCAGUGUUACCAGUAUUACCACUGUUACCAGUGUUACAAGUGUUACCAGUGUUACCAGUAUUACCAGUGUUACCAGUAUUACCAGUGUUACCAGUGUUACCAGUAUUACCAGUGUUACCAGUGUCACCAGUGUUAUCAGUGUCACCAGUGUUACCAGUAUUACCAAUAUUACCAGUGUUACAGUAUCACCAGUGUUACCAGUGUUACCAGUUUUACCAGUAUUACCAGUGUUACCAGUGUUACCAGUGUUACCAGUAUCACCAGUGUUACCAGUGUUACCAGUGUCACCAGUGUUACCAGUAUCACCAGUAUUACCAGUGUUACCAGUGUUACCAGUAUUACCAGUGUUACCAGUGUUACCAGUGUUACCAGUGUCACCAGUGUUAUCAGUGUCACCAGUGUCACCAGUGUUACCAGUGUUACCAGUAUUACCAGUAUUACCAAUAUUACCCGUGUUACCAGUAUUACCAGUAUUACCAGUGUUACCAGUGUUACCAGUAUCACCAGUAUCACCAGUGUUACCAGUGUUACCAGUGUCACCAGUGUUACCAGUAUCACCAGUAUUACCAGUGUCACCAGUUGUUACCAGUAUUACCACUGUUACCAGUGUCACCAGUGUUACCAGUGUUACCAGUUUUACCAGUGUUACCAGUGUUACCAGUGUUACCAGUAUCACCAGUAUCACCAGUGUUACCAGUGUUACCAUUGUCACCAGUGUUACCAGUAUCACCAGUAUUACCAGUAUUACCAGUAUUACCAGUGUUACCAGUAUUACCAGUAUUACCAGUGUUACCAGUGUUACCAGUAUUACCAGUGUUACCAGUGUCACCAGUGUUAUCAGUGUCACCAGUGUCACCAGUGUUACCAGUGUUACCAGUAUUACCAGUAUUACCAAUAUUACCCGUGUUACCAGUAUUACCAGUAUUACCAGUAUUACCAGUAUUACCAGUAUUACCAGUAUUACCAGUAUUACCAGUAUUACCAGUAUUACCAGUAUUACCAGUAUUACCAGUAUUACCAGUAUUACCAGUGUUACCAGUGUCACCAGUGUUAUCAGUGUCACCAGUGUCACCAGUGUUACCAGUGUUACCAGUAUUACCAGUAUUACCAAUAUUACCCGUGUUACCCGUGUUACCAGUGUUACCAGUAUUACCAGUGUUACCAAUAUUACCCGUGUUACCAGUAUUACCAGUGUUAUCAGUGUCACCAGUGUCACCAGUGUUACCAGUAUUACCAAUAUUACCAGUGUUACCAGUAUUACCACUGUUACCAGUGUUACAGUAUCACCAGUGUUACCAGUAUUACCAGUUUUACCAGUAUUACCAGUGUUACCAGUGUUACCAGUGUUACCAGUGUCACCAUUGUCACCAGUGUUACCAGUAUUACCAAUAUUACCAGUGUUACCAGUAUUACCACUGUUACCAGUGUCACCAGUGUUACCAGUGUUACCAGUAUUACCAGUGUUACCAGUGUUACCAGUGUUACCAGUAUUACCAGUAUUACCAGUAUUGCCAGUGUUACCAGUGUCACCAGUAUCUACCCGAGGUGGAGGAGUACAGAAACAGACCCAGAAGCAAGACAUCAGGGCAAAGAGACUCCACCUACACCUCCACCUGAACAACUGGUCGUAUCCCAGUCUGACCUGGAAGGGAUGCUGGCGAUGCUGCAGAGCAUUCGAGGUCACCUCGAUCGCCUGGAGAAAAGGUGUCGGAGUAUCAGGAGGCCACGGACGAGAGAGAAGAAGAGGAGGGUGAUCCGGCUCAUGAGUCAAACUGAGUCCAACUCCUCUUCGCCCUCUUCGUGA